AUGACACACACACUCCAGGAGGGGCAGCACAGGGGCUUCAGCCAGGCUGAGGGCAGGCAGGCCAGGGCAGGCAGGCCAGGGCAGGGGUCGGUGCAGGAGGGAGGGGCAGGAUCUGGCAGCCAGGGCAGGGCAGGCCUGGGUUGUGGGCUGGUGGGGUGCUGGGGUGAGGGUGUGGGGGCAGAGGGUGGUGCAGGGGGGGCUGGUGCUGCCGUGGCCCCUGCUGAGCUGCGCUCUGUGCUGUUGCAGGUGAUGGGCAUGGUCCGUGUCCCCCUCUACACCCAGAAGGACCGCAUGGGUGGGCUGCCCAACUUCCUCGGCAACUCCUUCGUCGGAACUGCCAAAUUCCAGCUGCUCUUUGCCCUGAAGAUCUUGAACAUGGUGCCGGAGGAGAAGCUGGCUGAGGCAGUAGCUGCCACACAGAAGCCGAAGAAGCCGGCCAUCGACCAGGCAGCCGGGGCAACGGGAAACCUGCCUGCUGCUAAGCCGGUGAACGAGCUGGCGGCGCCUGCUAAAGCAGGCAACGAGUUGGCAGAGAGGGCGGAGAACGAGGCAGCUGUGCAGGCAGCGGCUGAGGCAGCAGAGCAGGCGGUGGCUGGGCUGGAGAGCGGGGCUGUGGCAGAGCAGCUGGUGGCUGUGCCGGUGGCCGAGGCGGUGGAGCAGCCGGUGGGGCUAGGGGCAAACGCUGUGGUGGAGCAGCCGGUGGCCGAGGCAAUGGAGUGACGCCACCGUGUUUGUGCUUGAUUAAAAGUGGGUGAGACUAGAGACUUAUAACUUUCCAACCCGUCGCUGGCUGCAGCUGCUGCCCACGCGAUUCCACUGCCCAGCCGGGAGGGUUUGGGUUUGUCUGAAGCAGGGGAAAGCUAUGUAUUUUUAUGGCCAUUAAACUCUAGCGAGCUUCCCAGAUCAACCUGCACAGCCCCCUGCAGAGAGUUCAUGUGCUUACGUGAGGGUGCCGAAGCCUUAGAAUUCUGUUGUGAUUUCAGGGACACACUGCUGCUGUCAGGUCCCCGUUUCAUUUUUAAGGAACAUAAUGUCUUGGUUUUUAAACGCCCCGUGUUGACUUGGACGCGGCUGUUUGUUUGCAGUGGACACGGCUGAGGGCUGGGGCUGCUGGUCAAGCACCUCUGCCAGCGGCGGUGGAAGGGCUCCCCUGCGCCGGCAGUGGGGCGGCCGCGCUCCUGCUCGGGGGGGCCGGUGCCACGGGGGGCCGUGCCGUCAAUUCCCUCUGGGGCCUGGGGGAACGCUUGUGUGGGUUUCUACCUGGAGAUCUGUGGGAGCAGGAAAGUGGAAUAAAUGGCUUUGAACGCUUCA